AUGGACGAAAUUGCUACGUGGUAUAAAGGCAUCCCAACAAUUACAAAAUUCUUAUUCACGAAUUUCGUCGUAAUAACAUUAGCAGGAUACUUCGUUGUAAUAAUCUUUGGCCCUCGCCUAUAUGGUAUUUUUUGGUAUUCUCCUUUCCUCAUUUUCACUAAAUUUCAGAUAUGGAGAUUUUAUACGGCUUUCUUCUAUGUUCCUUUUGGUUUCGAUUUAAAAGGUUUAAGCUAUGUAUUUCAGGCAUAUUUUCUGUACAGGCAUUCAUUAGAGUUAGAGACUUCGAGAUUUGCAGGACGUAAAGCAGACUACAUUUAUUUCCUUUUAGUGGAAGCAGGAUUGAUACUUAUACUUGGCUGGUAUAUAGAGUAUAUCACUUAUCAUCUUAGUGAAUGUUUGAUUAUGGCUAUCAUAUAUUUAUGGUCACAAGAAUUUCGUGAUACGAUAGUAACUUUUUUGUUUGGGAUAAGAUUUAAGGGUGCUUACUUUCCUUGGGUUCUUCUUGCAUUUGAACUCAUUCAAAUGCAAAAUAUAUGGCCAACAGCUAUCGGAAUACUUUCCGGACAUAUAUAUUAUUAUUUGAUGGAUCUUUACCCCGCAGCUGGAGGACCGAGGUUAUUAAAUACACCACGAUGGUUGUACAGAUACUUUCCACCUUUAUCUAGUGGAGCGAGAACGUCAUUUGGAACAGCCUUUUCGGCAAGAAAUCAGAAUACUGCUGGCGAAGGAUCAACACAUAAAUGGGGUAGAGGACGAAGAUUGGGAUCAUCAUAA